UGUGACGUCACGAUGUCGAGAUGCAAUGCUCGUAAGCCGAGAGGUGAACUGGGCGAGGCUUCGGGGCGAAUGUCGGCAUUUUCGAGUGAGUAACCCUCAUUUAGGGACGGGACAUUUUACUGUGUCGAAACACUCAGUACUGAACACGGGGAUAAACAGGUCAGCAGCCGGCUUAAAUCGUCAAAUUCACUCAAAAGAGGAUACAAAGCGAAGACAUUUGCCAAGGCUCCCAGUGAAAGUUCGAGGCCCGUUCCAAAUUCACCUGUCUGAAAUUUUUCAUUCAAGAUCACAGACGUCCGUAUCGGCCCAGUGUGAGAGGUGGUACAGGAAAGCUAUACCCAUUCACAGAGCGAUGGUAAACUGCUAUACCGGGAAUAUACAGUGACUAGACACUUGAAACACCAACCCCGAUUGUGUGUCGCUUCUUACGUGAGACAACAUGAAAUGUUUACAUCUGAUAUUUGUUUAUAUUCUACUACAGGUGUCGAGGGCCGAGCUUCUGGCCAACUUUAAUGCGACCGUCGCAUCCACCGAGUCCACUGUAACUGUGAGAUGGGACAUUGUGGAUCCUGUCAAUGACACACAGUAUAUGCUAAAACACCACCGGACAGGAGGCAUCUUCAUCACUGACCUGUACUUCCACUCCCCCUUCAACCACACCCACAUCGAACACACAAUAGCCAAUCUGUACCCUGGCGUCAACUACACCGUAUACAUCUUCCGCAACAGCAACAGCAGUGAUGGCAGAAUCUUCAUCAAGAGCGUCAACACGGUUCCUCUGCCGCCCGUGAGUGUUGCGUCAACAUCGGUCGGGACGACCUGGGUGGAACUGACAUGGGACGAAGGAUACAACAGCACACAGGAAUCCCACCAGAUCGUGUACACCGACCAGCUGAACAGCGGGAAAAGCACCGUCCAGGGUACAGGCAGCACCACCUUCAACCUGACCGGACUGCACCCGGGACAUCGGUAUGAUGUCAGCAUCAAGGCCGUGACGGGAGAUAAGACCAGCAAUGAAUCGGAGUCUGUGACAAUCACGACAGUGCCGUCAUCCCCGAUCAACCUGGUGGUGAGAGCGGUCAACACCACCCAUCUCACGGCCUCAUGGGAGAAUGCUCCGAACAGUUUGCAGGAUGGUUAUCGGUUAUCAUAUAUGGAAUCAGAGAAGAUGGAGGAAUUAAAUGCAACAUGUCCCGCUGCCCCGCCAUGUGUGUUCGCCCCUGGGUCACUUCCUGGUCAUCUGUUCCGGGUGCUGGUGUUUGCCACGAGGGACAAUCUGACCAGCACUGCCAUCUCGGCAGAGAGGAACACAAAGCCCAACCCGGUGAGCCCGUUAGGUGGCGUUGCAGGUGUCCGUCGGAUCGAAGCCACAUGGUCUGCUCCGGUACACUCAGAAGUGGAAUAUUUUGAGGUUUCCGUUGUCAACACUCAGACAACGGCUGAGCAAAUAUUCAACAAGACCCUGGAGUCUGGGUCGGAUGGGAUGUAUACAUUCAGCGAGGACACCUUGAUGGGGGGCGUUUCUUACAACGUUCAUGUCACCUCCGUCACCAGGACUGAGAGGAGCGCUGCAAGGUUGAAGUUGUUCGUUACAAUUCCGGAGAGCCCGACUGCCCUGAAGGGGACUGCCGAGAACACCACAGCUCUCACCAUCUCCUGGACAUUGCCCCAACACUCCCACUUUGAGAACAUCCUCAUCAUGUUGACCAAACCCACACUGGAAAUGGUCAGUAUCACCCUCGACAAGGAGGAGACAAGGACGACUAUCGUCAAUCUCCUCCCCGGGUCUGUCUAUCAAGUAUCUGUGCUUGUCACCACCAAGGCCGUGAGAAGCAAUGACAUCACAAGGACGUUCAGGACCAAACCCGACCCCCCAGCGUAUGCAUCUCUUGUUGUCACGGAGACAAGCGCCACAGUCACCCUGGCUAAGACUGGAGACAGCAACCCUGAUUACUUCAUUGUCCACGUUGAAGGCAUGACUGAACAGAGGAAUAUAUCGGUAGAGAACCCUGUUGCUGUGCUGGAGAAUCUGUCAGCAGGGGAGGAAUAUGUAGUUAACUCCUACGCUGUCACUGGUAAUCAGGAUAGCCGAACUGUGUCGCGGAACUUCAAUACAAAACCACGCCCCCCCACUGCGGUGAAUGUGACGGCCUUCAACUCCACUGCUAUCGACGUCACAUGGUUGCCCCCGGAGGUAGGAAGACACGACAACUUCACAGUAAUCCUUGUCCAGUCUGAUGGCGCUAGCCAGGUGAUGACCUCUCAGACCACCAACUUCUACUACGCCUUCCCCAUCCUUGAGGCGGGACAGACAUACAACGUAACCGUGGUGACCAACCUGGGGAUGGAGCAAAGCUCACCAGUUCAGCAACAAGUUACGACAACACCCUUUCCCAUAACCCACUACUGGGUGUCCUUGAGGGGCACAACAAAGGUCAUAAUAAACUGGGACGCUCCCACGGGGACGUCAUACGAUUAUUUCGUUUAUAAUUUCCCCCUUGGUAGCCCUGCCAUGGGAGAACUACCCAGUGAUCAGUUUGACCUGAUGCUAGAUAACCUUGACCCAGGGAAGGAUUACUCCGUCACAUUGUACGCAGUCAGUAGAGGAAUCAAAGACAGUUUAAUGAGCACUGGAGCUACAAUAAACUUUUCAACCUACCCCACCUCCGUUGCCACGCUGCAGAAGAUUGAGGCCAACACAACGGCUAUCCAUGUCAACUGGACGUCGCCAGUGGGCCAACACUUUGAUUUCUUCCAUCUGGUGAUAGAUCCACAGGAUGGUCCCAUGCCCAACAUCACCCGGGGGAUUGGAGACACAACAUUCUGGUUUGUGGGUCUGAGCCCUGGACAGAUGUACAACAUCAGCAUCAACACUGUCAAACAAAGGGCAGGCAGCAUCGUGUGGGGAAUGGUCACAUACAUCUUGGCAGUCACAGAACCUGAACCUGUAGCCAAUCUUGCUGUGACCCCUGUUGAUGAAGAGUCUCUCAGUGUGAAAUGGGAUUUAAGUGUUCCUUCUCAACAAAAUUUCUUCAUUGUUGAAUAUGGCGCUGGUGACCAGCAGCGGUCGGCAGAAGUUACCUACAUCACUGGACAGACAUCAUAUGAGCUCAGCCUGUCCCAGCUGUUGAGUGGGUACACCUACAAUGUGACGGUGAAGGCUGUGCGGGCGGUACCCCAGCUUGACGUGGCCUACAGUGCAAUACGGUCACAGACGGCAACCACAGCACCUAAACCAGUGACGUCCCUACAGGCAGUGGUAAACAGGACAACCAUCAGCCUACAGUGGGAAGCUCAAACUGGCAGCAAACAAGACGUGUUCAGAGUUGACUUUAGACCUGUGUUCCGGAACUCUGCCACUGCCUUCAUUGAACAGAACACUACAGAACCUCGUCUGGUUCUGCCUGGACUGUUUCCCGGUGAAAUGUACCAGAUCCGAGUGUAUGCCAUCAGUGGUAAUAUGAUCAGCGAAAUGACCACUAAAACAGCUGUUAUAGCUCCCCUGGCCCCAACUGACCUGUCAAUCAUGUUGGAGCUGACCACCACCUCCAGCGUGACCCUGGGCUGGACGUACCAGCAGGAGGAGACCUUUGUCCAGACCUGGUCAGUCAGUGCCUACAACGACACCUUCUCCCUCCCGGCCGUCAAUGUGACCCCUGGUGCCAACUCCCUGGUCCAGUACACGGUGGAUAGUCUGAAAGCUGGCGCCAAGUACCAGUUUCAUGUCAUGGCUGUUGUUGAAGGGAAGGACUCUGCCACAAAGUCUGUCAACACCACUGUCAAGCCCCUGCUGAACAUCGCGUGGAGUGAGUCAGACCAGCAGACCACCAACUCCUCCGUGGUCUUUACCUACAGCCUCCCCAGCAGCGACGACAUCUUCACUGGCAUCCGCUUCUCCGUCAACUCCACUGUGCCUGACAUCUUCCGCCCCAAGAACAACAUCAGCGUGGUCAAGUUCUCCACCCUGGUGGCGGGGACACUGUACAAUGUGCGGGCGGUCAGUGAAAUCAGUGGGAUGACCAGUGACCCAAAGUUCCUUCCCAUCAGGACCAGACCAAACCCAGUGCCUGUCGCCCACUCCUCAAUGUCCAAUGAGAUCAAGAUCCAGUUCGGGGAGCUGAAUGGCAACGCUGAUGCGUUUGUUGUUAUGUGUGAUAACGGGGGAACGACGUGCUGGAACCACAACUACAGCUCCCAGGUACAUGAGGUGAGGGUCAGCAACCUGCAGCCCUACACCAACUACAACAUCACCGUGCGCACUGUCGCUGGAGACAAGAGCGAGAGUCAGACAUUCUUAAUACGGACCAAAGAGGCUGCUCCAUCCAAAGUGCGUAACGUGAAUGCUGUAACGACGAUGAGUCUGACGUCUGUGCUGGUCACAUGGAACGAGCCUCAGUACACGAAUGGGGAGGUCCAACAUUACGUCAUCUCCUAUUCCGGUUACGAUCAAUCAAUCAAUGGGCCUAAACACAAUGGAAGCAAGGAAGCUGACAGUAGCAGCCGGAGGCUGGAGUUGACUGGCCUCAGAGCCGGCUUCUUCUAUACUGUUUCUGUGCGGGCAUUUACCGUGGCGCUCGGGACCCCUGGACAAACAACAGUCCAACUGGGCACAGCAGCACCAGCUCUGAAGGCUGAUUUCACGCAGGACACUGCUAAGCCACGACAAGCAUCCACGGAGCCUGGAAAUGUUGGUGAAACAUUCGUGAAGGUCACCUUCCCCAACUCCUUCUCGGAUGCCAACGGACGGAUCAUCCAAUACACAGUGAUCGUGUCGACCGACGAAAGCAUUAACGAGCUGACGUCGCCCCAGUUGCCCAGCUGGAAGGAGGCCCAGCAGAAGGCCUCCAUCAAGGCCUACCAGACCAUCGGCAACUGCUCCGACUUCUUCCAGGUAGAAUCCACGUGCGGUGUCGCUGGGAGGAGGAAGCGGGCUGCGGAGACGGUGACGUACAAGGUGUUCACUGUCGGCUCCCAGACCAGCUGUGGCAACACCGACUACUGUAACGGCCCUCUGAAGCCAGAGACGACCUACUACUUCAAGCUCCGGGCGUACACCAUCGGUGGAUACAAGGACACAGCAUACUCACAGAGAAUAACAACAGCUGCCACACCCAGCAAUGCCGGGGGUAUUAUUGGAGGUGUCAUCGCUGCCAUCCUCAUCAUCGCCAUCAUCGCUGCCGUACUCAUCUUCCUUCGCCGACGAAUUCCUAAACGGGCACAUAAGUACAAUGGUGACCGCAUACAGUUCGAGCAGUCCAGUAUGCACAAGUUUAGUCGUCCAGUGAAGUUGGCUGAGUUCAAGGACCAUGUGAGGAAAAUGACCGCUGACUCGGACUUCAGAUAUGCCGAGGAGUAUGAGGACUUGAAAGAGGUUGGAAGGGAUCAGCCAUGUAUGGCAGCCGAGUUCCCAGCAAACAGACCCAAGAACCGAUUCACGAACAUCCUGCCGUACGACCACUCUCGGGUGAAACUCCUCCCCACGGACGAUGACGAGGGCUCGGACUACAUCAAUGCUAAUUAUAUGCCAGGUUUCGUGUCUAAAAGAGAAUACAUCGCAACACAAGGCCCACUCCCGUCGACGCGCGACGAUCUGUGGAGAAUGUUAUGGGAACAGAAUGCCCGGAACAUCGUCAUGCUGACCAAGUGUAUGGAGAAAGGACGGGAGAAAAGUGACCACUACUGGCCGAAUGAUUCUGAGCCGAAGUUUUACGGAGACCUGCAAGUUGCAAUAUUGAAUGAAACCCAUCUUCCUGACUGGACAAUAUCAGAGUUUAAGAUACAGUUGGGAGAACAAGCCCGGCAGAUCCGACACUUCCAUUACAAAGCCUGGCCUGAUUUUGGCGUUCCCAAAGAUCCCACAUCUCUCCUACGAUUUGUCCGCACUGUACGAGAGAAGAUGUUCAGAGAUGGUGGCCCCAUCAUUACACACUGCAGUGCCGGAGUUGGUCGGUCAGGGACGUUCAUCGUGCUGGACCACUGUUUACAGCACAUCAAGGAGAAGGACAUUGUAGAUAUAUACCAGAUUGUCUAUAAGUUGAGGAAGGAGAGAGUCCUGAUGGUGCAAACUGAGCAACAAUACAAGUUUAUUCAUGAGUGCUUGCUGUGUGUGUUAGAAGGGCGUGAGGACGAGGCCACCUACGCCAAUGUGGGUCACGUCAAUGUUGCCUAUGAAGGUCACAUGAGCAGAAGCAGUCUUUCAACACAGCUAUCUAUUGAAGAUGACGAGGGCAUCAAUGUGGAGAUUCCAUGAUAAAGAGGUGAUGACAUGCUCAGAGGUGAUGACAUACUCAGAGGUCAUGGUCAUCAUUUGUGUUGUGAUACAUGAUUGACACCUGUCAGUCACGGACAAUUGUGAUAUUUCAUCAUGGAUGACGUUUUUCAACAGCAUUCGGAUUGGAUUGUGAAAUAGACCAAUAUUCCUGGGAACAAGAUGCAAUGUUUCAACCAUUUGAAACGGCGCCAACUCAUAUUUUGACUUGUAUUUUUGUACAGUCAAGUUACUUGAUCGAGACAAUUUGACUUAUGCAAUGUUUUGUUUGUGAACCGUGAAGUGCAGUAUACAUUCAUGUGUGUAGCGUGUCUUGUGAAAUAUCAAACUCAAUGUGCCGGUGCUCAAAUACAAGUUAGGAGCAUUAUUACAUAUAUAUGUUAACCAAGGACUGAAGGACUUCAAAUCAAGCUCAAGGGAUUCAAAUAUACCAAACUUUCUGAAUAUAACUCAUUUUAUUUCUUAUUUAGGAGGGGGCACAGGUGGCCCAGUCGUCUAAGGCGCAGCGAUUCGCUGUGCAGAGUUGCGUCCCUUGGACACGCCAGAAACCUAUGAUUGUGGGUUCGAAUCCCGGUUCGCCCCGAUUUCUAGGU